GGAGCAUUGUCUGAGUAAGGUCUCUCUCUCACUCUGUACCUUCUUGUAGUGCGAUAUGGGUGAACGGUGAUAGGAGUGACACUCAGUUAUAUUCUGUUUACUGUGUGUGUUUUUUUGUACAUGGUGAAAAUGUCUGUUAUGCAAAUGGGUAAGCGGCAGCACUGUUACCUCUGCGAUGUGCCCCGUAUGCCCUGGGCGAUGCUCCACGACUUCAGCGAAGUAGUGUGUCGCGGGUGCGUCAACUACGAAGGAGCCGACCGGAUCGAGCUGGUGUUAGAAACGGCAAGGCAGAUGAAGCGUGCGCAUGGCUUUCAGGAAAACAGGUCCUCGACUUCUACGAGCCAACACCACCACGGUGGCACCAAGCCCUCGGCCCUCCACACCAGAGGCGGCAGCGGGCACGACGCGGCGACGGCACACCAGAACGGAGUGCUAGAGAUACCUCCGGCAGCCCACACCCGUCAAGGCACGAGCUACAGCAUCCAUCAUCGAUCUGGCUUGUUGGCGGAGUACGCUGCACCCUUGCCACCUAGGACUACCACGGCCAGCCAGAUGCCAAGAGGCAUCGAGGCCGAUCACGAGAUGACGAGGCCUCGCCUGGCCGCUCCGCACCUGGGCCACCAUCUCCCAAGGAUGCCCAUCCAGAGCCUCCCUUUGAAAAGAGGAAUAUCUGAAGAGGACGAGCACCACAACGGCGAAGCGCCCCCCGCUAAGCGGUUGGAAGAGACCCACCCCCGACCCCCCCUGACUAGGGGCGAGUCCCUGCCUGCCGUCAGCCUUUCCGUGCCCUUCGCCGAGAGGGCCUUCAAGACGGAGCCCAAGCUGCCGCCUAUAAGGGCUCCCUCCUUCGACACGGCCACCUCCUACAAGGCUAAUGGUUACCCAAACCAAAUCACCAAUGGAAAUAGUGCCUCUGGAGGAGGUGGAGGAAGUGGCGGUGGUAGCGCUUCACCUUUGGGCGCUAGGACAGGAUCACCCCCUGAGGGUGGUGCCCAAGGGCAGAGUCCUAUGGCUGCCCUUAUGUCUGUUGCGGACAACUUACCCCCUGGAUCACCUAGGAGUGCUGGAGGGUCCCCACCAACUGCCCCACCGGCUCAGCAACCCCCUGCUCCACGAUCUGCUUCAAGGGGCUCUCAGCAUUCUCCUAAUUCCUCAGGUGGUGGUUCUACGUCUGGAAGUGGUAGGCGCUCAUCUGGUAGUCGCCACGUCUCGUCUACUACCGUCACUUCAAGCGAAGCAGGAGCAGGAAGUACAGGUAGUGGCACGGCUGAGGAAUCUGCACCACCUGCGCAAGCUACUGCCACUCUAAAAUGUACCAUCUGUCAAGAAAGACUUGAAGACACACACUUUGUUCAAUGCCCUUCAGUUCCUCACCACAAAUUUUGUUUCCCUUGUUCCAGGGAUAGCAUCAAGCGCCAAGGAGCUGGAUCAGAGGUGUAUUGUCCAAGCGGUGAGAAAUGCCCUCUUGCUAACUCGAAUGUCCCAUGGGCAUUUAUGCAAGGUGAAAUAGCAACCAUCUUAGGAGAAGAAUUCAAACCAAAAAAGGAGAGGGACACUUAAACCAGCCUUGAAGUAAAACGGCUUGAAGAUUUGACUUUGUUGAGCGAUUCCAAUGGAUGCCAGGAUUUGGCUUUUAAGGAAUUCAAUCGCCAAGUAUUUCUUUGUAAAUACUCGACUCUCUAAGUUUUCCGGGGACUUCUGUUUUGCCUCCCUAAUUCUCUUGGAGGUUUGAUCUAAGGGAGCUGAGGAAUGUUCUAUUUUGCUUAAUUGGAAGGGCUUACGGCUCUUUUUUUGAAACGAGAAUCGGAAAAAUUCUCCUGUAUUUUAGAACUGGCUGCGAUUCGAUCAGCUUUCGCAGACUUUGUUGUAUAGUAGAAGUAUUGUGUAUAAUGUAUGUAUGUAACAAAUUGAAAAUAAUAUGCACAUGAAAGAUCUCUUGUGUUUUUGUGUAUCAAAUUUAAAUAAUAUAUUUAUAAAUAUAUUGCAAUAUAAUUGUAUUUAGAUUUCAGAGAAGAAUAACAUUAGAUCUCACCAAGCAACUUUGUUUUUUUUUUUUAAUUUUAGAUUUA